CAAAAAUUACCAAGCUAAUAGUAUCUACAACUUUAUGCAAAUAACCACAAGAUAAUCACCAGAUAAUGCACCAGCACCAAGAUAAUCAACCUAUUGCUAUGGCGUUCCCACCACUGAUAAUAGCCAUCAUAAUCACCACACCUGUGGUGGUCACUGGGCUGGACUUGUCGGAUGUGAUUACACCCCUGUGCGCCGUGAUGUCCAUGAAUGAGAUCGGAAAAUGUGGCGACACUUUCAUCCAGCAACUUGAACACCCGCCAUACCUGGUCCCGAAGGCCUGGGGUCGUGGCUAUUGCUGUGCACUCAACCACCUGAGGGACUGUAUCGUUGAACACGUGGGCGACAAAUGCGGUGACACUGAGACCAUCAAUAAGAUUGUCACACCAGUCGUGUCGGCCGUCAAACAGCUAUCGGUGCCGUCCGGCGAUUGCCAUCACUUCCGGGGCUUCAUAGGCACUGUGUUGUGUCAGCCGGAUAUGCUGUUGAUUGUGGAGACGAUUGGUGUGGUUAUACUGUUCCUGAUGUCGGUGUCGGCGGUGAUCCGAUGCGGGCGUAAGUCAUCCCCAGCAGUAGCUACAGACCGGUUCCCAGCGGUGGCCAGAAAUACCCAUAAUGUCGAGACUAUUAUAUAA